AUGCGAAUGGCUUCCAUUGCUGCCCUGGGCCUUGCCAUCGCUACGCAGGCCCAGGAGAUUUACCUCACAACCACAGGAUACACUACCCGACCUCAGUGCACAAAGUCUACUGCUUCACCAAGUUAUCACUUCCAACCAUUCUCCUAUUCACUGAAGGAGACAGUCCGCUAUGCAACUUCCAUUCCCUCACCAACUACUACUAAGACCUACGCUCCGGUAUACGAGGAUGCAGCUAAACACCUGAGAACGACGGUCUCUACAUCGAGUUGGGGCAACUGGCUUCCUGGCCAAACGGUCAUCAGUGCAACAGAUAGUAGUAAUCCCUACGGACAAGCUGCGUGGUCGUCUAUGUGGUUGAAUGCGGGUCUGCAAAACUAUACCACAACUGGGAUAUUUUCGACUACCGUCAGUCCUACUCCAGUUCCAACCAGUGAGCUGGUCCUGCCACCUCGAGACUAUUUUGGGCCCACAGACUGUUACAACUUUCCCGACGACUUCAUUUUCGGUGUGGCCGGCAGCGCUGCUCAAAUUGAGGGCGCAGUUGCCCUCGAAGGACGCUCACCAUCCCUCCUUGAGAAAUUCGCCUCGGCCAGUUGUCCCAAAGACUAUGUCACGGAUGAGAACUACUUCUACUAUAAACAGGAUAUUGAGCGCCUGGCAGCUAUGGGUGUGGAAUACUACAGUUUCAGUAUUCCAUGGACCCGCAUUUUGCCGUUCGUUUUGCCUGGUACUCCGGUCAAUAAACAAGCAAUUGAUCAUUAUAACGAUCUGAUCGACACUGUUCUUGAUGCCGGAAUGCAGCCUGUCGUGACCAUGCUGCACUUCGAUAGUCCUCUGGUGUUUGUGGCCAGCGAUAAUAUCGCUCGACAUCCCGACAUCGGAUAUGCAAAUGCUGGCUAUCAAAAUGAAACUUUUGUUGAUGCGUUCGUCAAUUACGGGAAGAUUGUGUUGGCUAAUUUCGCAGAUCGAGUCCCCAUCUGGGUCACAUUCAAUGAGCCAUUACUCUAUGCAUUCAAUUUCCAGGGUGUUGAUAAUGUUAUACAUGCGCAUGCCCAGGUAUACCGAUUCUACCACGAGGAACUAAAAGCCACUGGAAAGAUGAGUCUCAAGCUUAACGAUAACUUUGGCGUACCAAAGAACCCCAAAAAUAACAGUGACAUCGAUGCCGCCAAUCGAUUCAAUGAGAUGCAACUUGCCUUUUUUGCAGACCCGAUUUUCCUCGGAAAACAAUACCCCGAUUCAAUUUUGCACACUCUUCCCGGUGCAAGGCAGUUGAAUAAGACUGAAUUGAAAUUCAUUGGUCAAACUGCCGAUUUCUUUGCCAUUGAUCCGUAUACAGCUACGGUUGUGUCGCCGGCUGAUGAAGGAAUCACUGCCUGUGCAGCGAAUAAGUCCAGUUCCAAUUCACUUUUCCCAUACUGUGUCAAUCAAGAAACGAAGAACGUAUAUGGGUGGAAUAUUGGCUACAGGUCUGAGUCAUACGUUUACAUCACACCAACCUACUUCCGCGAAUAUCUAUCCUACCUGUGGAACACAUUCCGACACCCGAUCCUAGUCUCUGAAUUUGGGUUCCCCCUAUGGAAAGAGUCUGAGAAGGAGCUCUCGGACCAGCGCUAUGACUCGACUCGCAGCACAUACUAUCUCUCGUACAUGUCCGAGAUCCUCCGCGCUAUCCACGAGGAUGGAGUGCAUGUCAUGGGUGCUUUGGCGUGGAGCUUUAUUGAUAAUUGGGAAUUUGGGCAACCGAGUCAAUUUGGCAUUCAGGGAGUUGAUCCAAAGUCUCAAGAGAGGUUCUAUAAGAAGAGCUUCUUUGACCUGGUUGAUUUUGUCAAAGCUAGGCAGCGCUGA